GAAAACAAAGGGAUGUCGUUAACUGAGAGAGAAAGUAUUCUGAACGACUUUGAAGUGGCCAAAAGACUUCUUAAACAAAUGCAAGAUCAUUUCACAGUACUGGAAUCAAAAGUGUCAACAAUUCGAGAUAACCGGCUGUAAUCGCCCCAGCAAGAUACAGGAGUCCUCCUGCAGCAGAUCGUUAAUGAGAGAACGUGAAAGAAGAAUAUAAGAGUAGAAACCAAGGUCGUUUUACAUAUUUACACUUACAGAUCUUCAAUGGCGUACUUGUUAAACAUACAUGCAUUUGUUGUUAUUGGCAUUGCUGGUUUUCAUUUCCGACGUUCUUUGGCGGAAACCAACUCAUCAACGCGCCCUUGGAAAAGAAUACCUCUCUACCGGGAUCUCACCAUAGCCUGGAUUGAAAGGCCUCCAUAUUUAACCUCCCCUUCUAACGAAUCUUUUGACAACGAGGCCGCUGGGUUGUUUCGAGAUGCGCUGUUAAAGUAUUUGGUGUCUGAAUGUGAAGAUGAUGGAAAAUACAAAUAUUUUUACAAAUUGCGAACAAGGAGAGCUCAAAGUGAAUUUGAAAUGAUCGAGCUGUUGAGGCAAGACAAAGUCCACAUGGCUGGUCCUAUAUUUAAACAACAUGGCGAUAAACAAUACAAUGAGUUUCUAUUUUUCAAACUGCUUGAUUAUCCCGGAACCGAAUACAUAACAACAGCUGAAGAAGAAACCAGAGGUAUCACUGUAGUAUUGAAUUCUGUGCUGAAGUCUUGGCCUUUGCUUGCAUUUACCCUCGUCCUAACUGCCAUCGCUGGAAUUAUCAUCUGGCUGCUAGAUUCAAACUGGAACAAUGAGGAGUUUCCGCGUUCGUUCUUCAGAGGCUCCUGGGAUGGAUUUUGGUGGUCUUUCAUUUCCAUGACCACCGUGGGAUAUGGAGACAAGGCUCCAAAAUCUAUCCUGGCUCGUAUAUUCUCGGUCGUCUGGAUCCAGUUAAGCCUAAUAAUCAUGGCUGUUUUUACGGCAAAUGUCACAUCUGCAUUGACGGCUCUCUCUCUGCAUCUGGAACCGACAAGUCUUAAUGAUGUUGAUGUUGCAGUGUUGAGCAAUGGAACCGAAUACCAGCAUGCAUUGGAAGAGAAUGCACGGCCGAAAGUCUAUGACAGCAUUGACGUCGCCAUUGAAGCACUGAAAUCGAAGCAAGUGAACGGAAUGCUAUUGGACCGCUACGCGGCUUCAUAUUAUCAAAGAGAUGGCACACUGGAAUCUUUUAUCACUGUUAAGAAGUUAGAUCUACAGAGAGAUGUGGGAACGCUGUUCCAUAACAGCAGAGAGAGUCUUGCUGAGUGCUUGGCAAACAAGUAUCGCUCAGACAUAUGGAGAUCGGUUCAAAGCGUUACUGACUUGUACAAGCUUACACAACAAAGGCCUGAGACAAGCUUCAAUCUCUUUGACGAGUCCUCCGUAUUUGUCAGAGAGUCCAUGUAUAUAUCACUUGGAGUAUUGGCUGCUUUGCUUGUCAUCGGCACAUCGUGGGAACUGCUCAUUAGACUGAAAGGAAAAGGAAAACAAAAUGUCGUCAUACACGUAGAGGAGGCCACGAAUAAAGAAAUGUACAUUGAGAGAGACACGAUUCGGGCCGAACUUGAAGUUAUGCGACGUCUUCUUCGCACAACACAAGAACAAUUUGACAAACUGGAGUCCAAAGUUUUUAGUAUGCGACUGAAAUGACAUCAAAAAGGAUGUUAAUUCAUUGGACAAGGAGAUCCCACGAUGUUGUGUGUCUGUUCAGUAACAGAUGCCGUGAAAUGUAGUAAGACCAAUAAAGUGCCACACGAAGUGCAGCCAUGUGUAUUAGUGAUGCUCUUACCGCAUUUUGACAUCUCCCAUGACCUGUUACAAACUCUCGGCAACAUGGAAAUCUAUUUCACUUAAGUUAAAUGUCGUUGAUGGUGAUGUCAUCCAUGCGUAUAUCCUCCCAAUAAAUAAGUAAGAACCAAUCAAAAUGCGUGUAGUAUUCAGCUUAUUCUAGUUAUAAAACAUCAUCGAGCUUUGCUAGCGCUAUGAAGUUACAGUUGAACCUCUCCACAACGGCCACCUUGAGGACAGAAGAAAGUGGCCGUUGUGGAGAGGUGGCCGUUGCAGAGAAGUUAAAUGACUUGUAUGGACAGCCCGCCGGGACCAAAAAAGGUGGCCGUUGUGAAGAGGAGGCCAUUAGAGAG